AGGUCCUUACAUAGACAAGCACUGGUAUAUGAUUUAUGGUCAACAUGAUACGGAGAUUGCAACAUAGUAGCUCUCUUAAAGCUGAAAAUCAAUUUUGUCGCGGAUCAUAAUGCCUCCCCCCGUCUCGUGUGUCGUUACCCUUACCGCUUUCCUAGUCGGUGGUCAGACUGGGCCUGGUUCCAGAUUGGCGGGGCGCAAGCAGUGCCUCAUGAACAAACGUGUUGGCAGUAGCAUGGCGUCCUAAGAAUAGCAGCACGAUGAUGUGGCGAAAAAUACCGAAGGGCACGUGGAUCAUUGGGUCUUGCUUAGCCCGCUUCUUCAUGUCCCUCUGCCUCACAUUGUGCUUGCCGUUUUACUUAUUUGCGCGGAUGAACCUCCACGGAGGAGGAGGGCGGUAUCGGGCCAGUAUUUUUGCUGCAGCCGAGAUUGCAGUCCAUGACGCAUCCUUCGAGCAAUUAUCACGAGCGCCAGCGACACAAGACAGCACGCCUGCAAGCUCGGAAAGAAAUGACUGGACGCCACAGCAAGUCAUUGGCACCAUCUUCGACGUGCUACGUGAGAAGAAGCAGACGGAGCGCAGGACUUCCAAAAAAAAGGAAGCAGCGGGCAGUUUCGAAAACAAUAGGAGAACACACCCACCAGAAGACCCUUUAGCGCAGGAGCAGAGUUCCUGGUCGGGGUCGUCGUGGUGGUCAUUAGCUGGUGUCGAUUCCGGAGCUGUUUCGCGUCCUGCUGCACAGCUGCAGCAGCUACCGCGAGCUCUACAAUUAGCCAUGAGUGAAUGCGCCCCGGGCAACACGGUGAAUAGUUGCUUGACUGAUCACUGCACUCGAUACGCAGACCGGACCCACUGCCUGGAAAACGGGGGCGCGGACCGAGAUUGUUGUGCGUUGGCGGGCACUGGCAGUUGCAAGAACACCACGGCGGCCAAAUUUGUACAGAUUCGGGCAAACAAUCGGGAAAACGUCUGUAACACAGGGGUGCGGGCCAUCUCCACCUGCUGCAUUCCCGAAGCCACCAUUCUUUCGGGGGCCUACGUGGUGACUGCGGAGGACCGGGCGCGACCGGUGUCCCGGUCGGACCGCUUGACGUGCAACGACGAGUGGUGCCGAUCGCCCGGCUUGGCCCCCGCGCAAUACGACUGCUGGGCGGGGUCCUCGCGCGAGGCCUGCGACUGUGACCAGGGCAAAGCGAAGCUGACGGGGCUGACCUCGGAGUACGGAGGGGACAAGUACUACAGCUACACCUGCUGUUUGGGCGACGACUCCUCCCUAUCAAAUGCAAAAAUGUCUGGGUCUGGGAGGAUGGUGGAACUUGUCGUGCUAAAUCUGAAUCAUGCAAGAAAUCUGUGCUGCGUGAUUACCAACAGCCGUCAUUUUUUACCAAGUUGAGAGGGAAUUUCUCAUGCAGGAUAGGCAUGCACAUGCUAGAGAUCUCACAGAGUUUGUUAUGCUAGGCGCUGCAUUCCAGACCUCAUGAGUCAUAGAAAACCUGCAUGACAAACCGUAGGGAACAGUCGUGCUCGAUAAUCAAAGCGACAUAGAGUACAGAUUCGGUUAUUCGUGUUAGGCCGUAGAAGGUUGCCACGUCGUUAGCGCAAGGUUUUGACUAGGUAUGAAAGAAAUUAAAACAUGGGAGAAAAAAGCACAACAAUGAUACCAGCACCUCCCCAAUGAAGGGGAGGUGUGUGCAUGCUAUUCCUUUUUUACCAUUCCAAAGACUUAGGCCGUUCUUUUUUUCUUGAAAUGGGGGAAGUCCUAGUAUGAAGUCCUAGUUAAGACACAUAUGCAUAAGCUGCUCCAGGUCAGGGCAACUAUCACAGACAAAAGUGCAGAUGGAGCAUGGGUGUUCUACUUGUGUGAACUGUGAUAGGCCGUGGCUGCAGGUUUCCGACUACCAAAAGACUCUGAAUGCGCGGCACUAAACAUUCAGGCGGGUAACAACAUCUGCUAUGUGAUACGUAUUCUGAGAAAGUCUCUCGCUGCAUUUUCGAAUGUGAAGCUAUGUAUGAGCACUGGCUUGGAAUAGCAGAUAUGUAUGAAGAUUAAUGUGAUGAAAAAUAUGAAGUGUCUUAACAAAAGAAGGACGUGACUUCUUUUCAUAUUUGGGGAUCUAAAGAGAAGGAAAGGGCUCACGAUGCUACCUAUAUACAGGAGCAGCUAAACAGGACUGAAGGGCUGGACGGGACAGGUACUGACGUCGAAGCGCUCUGCGCCUGAGACGUCACACAUAGCAACAGAGAUCAAACGGGCGCCGCGAUACAUAAACGUGCCGAUGUUGCUAUCUGGGACAGACAUGCAGUCGCAUCGCACAACCGGGAGAAAGUAGUUUUUUUUGCAUGUGGGUAGCCGUGUAUAGAGGCCGAAAUCCCCUCCCGCAUUCAAAAAAAAAAAAAAAACCUGCAUGACAAACCUGGCAAUCUUCCAGACCCAGACAUUUUUACAGUUGAUACUCCCUGGUCGGCCGAGAGUGCGGGGACUUCAGUGAGCUGCCGGUGUGGGCAGUGCUUAUCAUCAUCCUAGCCGUAAUGUGCCUAUGCUGCGGCACGUGCGCGGUUAUCUUCUGCGUCUGUUGCCGCCAACAGAACCAAAAUCCUCCGGGGCACACAUAUUACAACACGGGGGCCCAGCCACAGGUGGUGUACGGUGCGGGGCAGCAGCAAAUGAUGAUGCAGCACCAGCAACAAGCUUUCGGCGGACCAUCUUCGUACGGGCCGCCUCCACCUGGAGGAAUGCAGUACCAGACGUACGCAGGCUAUCAUGCUCCAGGAGGGCCUGGCAGCGGCCAGCCCCCGAUGGUGAUGUACCAGAUGAACAACGCGCAACCCGUGAUAGGGCCGGACGGGCAAUUGCUAUAUCCCAUGCAGCAACAGCCGCAGCCAGAGGGCGGCGCGUUUUUUCCUCCGGUAGGCAGUGGUGGCGGCAGUGGUGCCGAACAGCCUGGCCUGGUAACACACGGCAGGCCUGUGUCCUCCGAUCAGCAGCCAAGAGGCCCCAUCGUCGUAGAAAUGAACCGCAAGUAUUGA